AUGCGCUUUACUGCUUUGUUACUGCCCAUCGUUUUUGGUGCUGCUUCGGCGGGUCCCUGUCGACCCUCUAGCGCCGAGAGUAGCAUUGAAACUACCCAACUUGUCAGCUCCACCACAAUCGAAUCGGUGUUCCCAACUGCCACCGCGACUUUGACAACCGACGAUGCAAACACUACUGUGCCUGCAACUGAGAUUGAAUUGGCAUCUACGACAGAAUCAGCCGCCGCCGCCUCAUCCACGACUGCUUCUUCUGGCCAAUGUAUCGCGCCGGCGUCGCUACAAUGUUGCGUGAGUGUUGGAAAGGCAAACGAUGGCCCGGUCAGCAUGAUUCUGAGUUUGCUUGGUAUUGUUAUCAAAGAUACGAGCAUUCCCAUUGGACUAACAUGCCGAUCUGUUCCUAAUCCCGGAGCCUGUCCCAAUAUUCCAGUUUGUUGCAAUGGUAACAGCUAUGGUGGCUUAGUUGCUAUUAGCUGCACUUCCGUUUAG